AUGAACAUUAGAUUUGUAACAUCUCUUAUUUUGUUCUUGUUAUUAUUUUCUUGCGAAAUUCUUUUUAGUAGAGCUCAAGAUCCUACUACUGGUGGUGGUGAAAAGCCGAUAGCGCCGCCUCCUCAGGCUGCCAGCUGCAAUGGAAUUUUCAUAUCAUAUCAGUUUGUGUCAAGAAAAAAAGAAUACCCUCAUCUGAAAAAUGCAACUGCACAACCAUGGGCAUUUAAAUCCACGGCUACAGUACUUAAUACAGGGACAACUGAAAUGAAAGAGUGGAAACUGUUCAUUAAGUUUCAGCACAAGGAGAUUUUAGUCUCAGCAAGUGGUGCUUCUGUGGAGGAUGCAGAUGAUAUGCCUGCUGAUGUUAGUAAUGGAACUACUCUCACGGGUAGCGGCCAGUCGGUUUUGAAAACAUCUAUUGAUACUGCCGGGGAUCUUACUCAAAUACAGGCUGAGAUGAAACUGGUAGGCACUCAAUUUGGUGUUAGGCCACCAGGGGUUCCUAUGCCUAAAACAAUUAAACUUCAAAAUGAUGGAUAUAAGUGUCCUGCGCCUAAUCGUCGUGGUGCUAAAAUUAUGUACGCUUGCUGUGUGAAGGACCCGAAAUUCAAGGUCAAAAAGGAAAAAACAAAGUUCUAUGCUCGCCGAAAGGGUGAUCUUGUUAUUUCUUAUGAUGUCACUCAAGCUACUAAAAACAACUAUCAGGCACAGGUAACUAUGGAAAAUAAUCAUCCACUAGGGCGUCUUGAUCAUUGGAAUUUAACUUGGGAAUGGAUGAGAGGAGAAUUUAUUUAUAAUAUGAAAGGAGCAUAUACUCAUCUUAAAGAUUAUGCAGAUUGCCUUCUUGGUCCUGCAGCAACUUAUUAUUCUGAUUUGGAUUUUAGUCAAGUCCAGAACUGCCAAAAAAAUCCAGUCAUGGCUGAUCUGCCACCCGAACGAGCUAAAGACAAGAUCAUUGGAAACAUCCCCUUCUGCUGCAAAAAUGGCAGUCUCAUGUCACCUAUAAUGAACAAAACAAAUGCCAAAGCCGUGUUUCAACUUCAGGUCUUUAAACUUCCUCCGGAUUUGAAUGUGUCAAGUAUCACACCCCCAUCAAAAUGGAAAAUUGAGGGAAUAGUUAGCACAAACUUUAAGUGUGGAAAUCCUUUAAGAGUAGCUCAAGCGCAAUUUCCUGAUCCAGGCGGGCUAGAUGAGGUGAGCUUAGCGGUGGCUAGUUGGCAAGUAGUCUGCAAUAUAACGCGUCCUAAAAAGGGAAAAACUAAAUGCUGUGUUUCCUACUCGGGUUAUUAUAACGAAUCUAUCAUACCUUGUGACACGUGUGCUUGUGGAUGUGAUGAUGAUUCAACAUGUCGCAAAAAUGCAGCACCCAUCCUUAUUCCUCCAGAAGCUCUUCUUAUCCCUUUCGUAAACAGGACAGCCAAGGCCUUGGCUUGGUCAAAAUUAAGGCAUAAACGAGUACGUAAACCAUUGCCUUGUGGCGAUAAUUGUGGAGUAAGCAUUAAUUGGCAUGUUAGUACAAAUUACAAGAGUGGAUGGAGUGUUCGAGUCACACUUUUCAAUUGGAAAGAAAAUAAUUUCCAGGACUGGUUUGUAGCUGCUCAGUUAAAGAAAGCUGGCCGUGGAUUCGAAAAGGCUUAUUCUUUCAACGGAACAUUGCUGAGAAACCUCAAUAACACCAUCUUCUUGGAAGGCCUUCCGGGGCUGACUUAUUUGAUGGCAAUAACCAACGGGACUAAUCCACGAAAAGAUUAUCUGGUACCUGGUAAACAACAAUCCGUGCUUUCAUUUAAUAAGAAAAAUCUUAGAAACUUGAAAAUUGAAAAGGGAGACGGAUUUCCCUCGAAGCUGUUUUUCAAUGGGGAAGAAUGUUCACUUCCUAAAAUUUACCCUAUACCAGAUUUUGGACAUAAAACAUAUGCAAAUUCAGUACUUGUACUCCUUUCUUUAGCUUUUACUGUAUUAUUCUUUUUGUAA